UCCAAAAUGGCGAAAACUGAGUACUCGGUGACAUGGGUGAUAAAUUGAUCUUUUCCAAGAGGAAGUGUGAUGAGUUAAAGUGAUUUCGCUGAUCUUUGCGGCUUUCCGGAAGUUUAUGGCCGUGCAAGCUUUCUUAUCUCGUGGAUAGUCGUUGAUUGUGUGAUGCGUGACAACCUGUUGUUCUGAACUCCAACACCGAGACGUUUUGUGACCGAGCAGGGAAGUGUUGUCGAAACCGCCAAGGAACGAAGGCAUCCCGCCCCGCCGUUGACUGCUGCCCUGCCGGCCGUCGGGUCAUGCGUGGGCUCGGUAUUCAGUGAUUACUACUGUACAUUUGUUUGUUUUCUGGCUGAAUGAACACACAGUUAAUUCCACUUUUAACUGUCGUUUUAACUAACUGUUUAAAUUGUGAGCUAUGACUUUGUUUUUAGUGUCACAAAACAUUGAUGUUUACAAUUAGAAUACCAAGGUUCUUGUGAGGUGAUUUGUUCGAGGAAAGAGGUGUUUACUUCAAGUUCAACAGUCACAGAAUAAGGAAAACACAAACAUAACGAAUUUUCUCACAAGUUUUGGGUAACUGUCACUUCUCUUAUUUACGUGUAUCUGAUCCUCUUACAACUUGUAAUACUAAAACAAGCUUGUCAUCGAAUUUAGUCGUAGCAAACAACCAAUUGAUCAUUGAAAGAUGCUGAACUUGCAUACGCUAUAACUUUCAUUCUAAAUAAAACUUGCAUUGCAACGAAGCGAGCAAGAUGUCAAUACACGCCCUAAAGAGGUUCUUCCGUAUCUCAACGGGCGACAAGAAGAAGGAAGAUAAAUACCAGAACAUCAUCCGAGAUAAAGAUCCUGAGUCGGAAUGGGAAAUACUCUGCGAGAUCGGCGAUGGGGCUUUUGGAAAAGUAUACAAGGCCAAGAAUCGAGCCACCGGUAUUUACGCCGCGGCCAAACUCAUCGAGAUUAAAGAGCAAGAAGAACUGGAAGACUUCCUGGUUGAGAUCCAGAUAUUGUUUGAAUGCAAGCAUCGCUACAUCGUGGGAAUGCAUGAGACGUAUCUCUUCGCUAACAAAUUAUGGAUGCUGAUAGAAUUCUGCGAAGGAGGAGCCCUCGACGACAUCAUGCUGGAUCUGGAGAAGGGUCUAACCGAGAUGCAGAUUAAGGUGGUCUGUAAACAGAUGCUAGAAGCUCUGGACUUCCUUCACAGUAAACACAUCAUCCAUCGAGACAUUAAGGCUGGCAAUAUACUUCUCACCAUGAGCGGGGAUAUAAGACUCGCGGACUUUGGAGUUUCUGCUAAGAACGUCAAAACCAAACAGAGGAGAGAUUCCUUCAUCGGUACUCCAUACUGGAUGGCUCCUGAGGUAGUGGUAUGUGAGACACUGAAAGACAAUCCGUACGACUACAAAGCCGAUAUAUGGUCCUUGGGGAUAACAUUGAUUGAGCUGGCCCAGCAGGAGCCUCCUUACCACGAGCUUCAUCCCAUGAGGGUACUCAUCAAGAUCCCUAAAGCAGAACCCCCGAUUCUCCUUGCCCCUUCAAGAUGGUCUAAGAAUUUCAGUCACUUUAUCAAGACAUGCCUCGAUAAGAAUCCCGAGUCGAGACCGUCAGCAGCAGAAAUGAUGAAGCAUCCCUGGCUAGCUGAUGUGACUGAUACUAAGCCAGUCAGAGACCUUCUCUGUGAAGCCAAGGCUGAGGUGACGGAGGAGAUUCUGGAACUCCCAGAGGACCAAGUUCCGCAGAAUGAUCAGAGCAGCGAUGUAAGUGAUCGUCGCUCGUCCAUCGGUGCCGACAGCACAGACAGUCAAGAGUUGCUGAAUAAUUCAGUCAGCAUUCCCACAACGCCCUCUAGUAACAUCAUUAGCCCAUUAGCUGUUAAUAACAGCACACCAUUGGUCAACAAUAACGGCAAGCCAUUGGCCGACGAUGACAGCACGCCAUCGGCCGUAAAUAGCAGCACGCCAUUGGUCGACAAGAACAGCACACCAGUGGCCGACAGGAACAGCACACAAUUGGCCGACAGGAACAGCACGCCCUUGGCCAUUAAUAACAGCACGCCAUCAACGCCGACCAAGACUUCAUAUAACUCGCCUGUAAAAGAGCAGCCAAGUGCUCAGAAUGGUCAAAGCCAGGAUUUUAAUCGCAAAAUGAGCUCAGUCAGCACAGCAUCCGUGGACGGCGUCGAGCAAGAGCACCAUGUGGUAUGUGAUGUAGUAGACACUGACAAAGGGGAUGGGAAACCGACUAUAAGUGGGGAACCGACUAGCGAGGACGGGGAACCGGCUAGCGAGGACGGGGAACUGGCUAGUAGGGAUGGGGUAAAGCCUAUAGCAGAUGGGGAUCUUCUGGGUGGAGAUGGGGAACCGGCUAAUAAGGAUGGGGUAACACCUACUGUAGAUGGGGAACCACUGAGUGGAGAUGGGGAACCGGCUAAUAAGGAUGGGGUAACACCUACUGUAGAUGGGGAACCACUGAGCGACGAUGGGGUAGUGGCUAAUAAGGAUGGGGUAACGCCUAUAGCAGACGGGGAACCGGCUGCUGUGGUGCUUACUGAUCAUUUAGUUAUAGAUGCUAAUGAAAUCGAGGGCUCGGAUAUCGAACCCAAGGCCAGACUUGAAGAAAUUAAUGCAGAAUCACUGUCGAGUAAUGUAGAUAAUAUUAAUGACUUGGCUGAGAAGGCAGAGGAUGUUGAUGAAGAUGCUCCCUCGAGUAAGACCGAGGAUGAAGGAGCUGAGACGGUGAAAACGCUAGAUGUGGAAGAUGUUAUCGGUAAUAAAGAUGAGAUGGUGGAAAACAUAACGGUUGAUACGGAAGAAGAGGAAAGCAAACCAGAAAUGGAGAACAAUGCUCAGAGUCCCACUGAGAAAGAAGCAAUAACAUCGGCAGAUCAACCUAUGCCAGUAAUCGUCAUGGAAACACUCAAGGAUGUGGAUAAUAUAGGGACGCGAGACGGCGAGGUUGUUCAACCAGACGGGAACCACGUCACAUCAUCUCAGGAAAACAGCAUUAAGGAGGGCGUAGAUUCCCCGAAGCCCAAGCCAAGCAAACCCAAACUGGACUUGCUUAGAGGGGAGUUGGACACCCUCGGGAAUGGUGGGGUAAUCUGCAGUGGGGAGCCCUCCCCAAAGACGCCCCAUAGCAUCUCCAAUAAGGGCAGCAUCGCCAGCCGGGGCUCGUCGGAGAACGGUAGCGAGGUGGAGCUGGAUCGUAGCAUUUCGAAGACUGAGCCAAACGCAUUCACCAGUAAAAAUGAAAAAUUUCCAAAGGAGAAGCCGAACUACAAGACCCUUAAGAAGACAAGGAAGUUUGUCUUGGAUGGGAAGGUGGUGACGCUGACGACGUCUAAGGUGGUCCAAGAAGGAUUGGAGGAUAAAUCAAAACAACGCCAUGAAGACAGGAAGGCGGAGAUGAGGCAACUGAAGCUUCUCCACAAGGGAGAGACGAAGGAGAGCAACAACUUAGCCAGUCGGAUCUUGCAGCAAGCUGAAGUCCUCAAGACCAAACACAAGAAUGAAGUACAGACUUUGAUGAAGAAGUACGACAACGAAGUAGAACUCUUGAACAAACAGCAGAAACAUGAAGUAGAGAAACUGGAGCUUGCUCAAACCAAUGAGGCCAAGACCUUCACUAGGGCUUCCAAGAGCAAACAGGAGAAGGAUCUUAAGUACUUCAGGGAGAAGCAGAAGAGGGAGAUUAAAGAGAUGAGAUCAAUACGGGGACCGUCUAAGGAUGAUGUCAAACGCAAGAAGGAAGAAUUUGAGGUCCAGAUGCAGCAGGAUGAGCACAGGUUCAUGUCGCAGCAAGCCGUGCAACUAGAAAGCCAGACUGCAGAUCUUUCUGAGGUGCACAAAAACAAAGUAGCCCUUCUGGAACGGAAGUUCCUCAACGAUAAACACCAGAAACUCAGAGCGAGGGAGUCCGCUGUGUGGGAGUUGGAGGAGAGACAAUUGAAGGAGAUGCACCAAGCCACUAAGACUCAGAUGAAGGAUAUGUUCUUCCUUCAGAGACAUCAUCUUGUCAUCAGACAGGAGAAGGAGUUGCAGAUUGUGAAGUCUGUUCAGGAGAAGGAAGAGGAAGACUUGAGGCAGAUCCACACCCAGGAGAAGAAACGUCUGCCAAGACACCUUCGCAGCGAGAUGAAAACUCGAACCACCAUCUUCCGUAAGAGCAUCACCAUCAACAAUCCCAACUGCUCAGCAGAUGAGGAAAGAGAGAAAAUGAAGGAGUUCCAAGAAUCGGAGAGUAAGAGAUAUAAGUCUGAGAUUGAUCGUCAGGAACGUAAACAACGUCGCCAGAUGGAGAGCCUGAGACUAAAAAAUGGUGCAUAUAUGCAAGAGUUGCUAACCAUACACAAUGAGAAGAGAAAACAGCUGAUGGAGCAGGAAACGUCAAAGCUGAAAACUAAAGAAGAGGAUCACAUUAAGGAGAUGAAAGUUUGGAAGGAUAAUCUUCGACCCAGGAAAAAGGAUCUGGAAGAAAGUUUCAAGAAGGAACUUCAAGAUCAAGAACGCUUCUAUGCCAAGGGCGCCACGGCGGGUGGUGCCUCCAACCAGGAGCCUGGUCAGACCCAUAUGAGAGAUGCUAGAAAUAGUCUCAAGUAAGACGGGUCACCAGACUUGUACAUGUCGAUAGUAAUACAACCUGCAAAACAAAAUAUAUAAACUCAAAUUUAUAUCUUUAUCCCCGAUGAAAAUUUA